CUGAGGACCAAUAGCGAUUCUUGUUUCCUUUGGUUGCUGGAGGAGGGGUUUCUGCACGUUCGAUGUAGUUGCUGGGCCUGUACGGGUCUGGAGACGGGGGUGGAGUUCAACUGGAAACGAGCUUGGGACACGGAACCUGCGUCACAGGCCGGACAAGAUGGAGACCGCCGAAGAAGAAGAUAUAUGCAGGGUUUGUCGGUCAGAGGGGACCUCAGAGAAACCGCUUUACCAUCCAUGUGUUUGCACUGGUAGUAUUAAAUUUAUUCAUCAAGAAUGCCUAGUUCUUUGGCUUAAACACAGCAGGAAAGAAUACUGUGAAUUAUGCAAGCACAGAUUUGCGUUCACACCAAUUUAUUCCCCAGACAUGCCUUCCCGGCUUCCGAUUCAAGACAUCUGUGCUGGACUGAUUACAAGUAUUGGAACUGCUAUCCGAUAUUGGUUUCAUUACACACUUGUGGCCUUUGCAUGGUUGGGAGUUGUACCCCUUACAGCCUGUCGUAUCUACAAAUGCUUGUUUACUGGCUCCGUGAGCUCACUACUGACAUUGCCCUUAGAUAUGCUGUCUACGGAGAACUUAUUGGCAGACUGUUUACAGGGGUGCUUUGUUGUAACCUGCACUCUUUGUGCAUUUAUAAGUCUUGUAUGGUUAAGAGAGCAAAUUGUUCACGGAGGAGCUCCUCAGUGGUUAGAGCAAAAUCAGCCACCACCUCUGAAUGUUUUGGGGCAGCAGAAUGAGGUUCCAGCAAACAUAGCAGCAGAUAAUAUGGCCCUUGAUCAGCCUGCAAACCCUCCAGCUGGCAAUCCAGUUGUUGGAGAAAAUCCUGACAUUCAAGAAGAGCAGGCAGAUGAUGAAGAAGAAGACAAUGAUGAUGAAGAGGAUGCAGUAAUUGAAGAUGCAGCAGAUGCAAACAAUGGUGCUCAAGAUGACAUGAACUGGAAUGCAUUAGAAUGGGAUCGAGCUGCAGAGGAGCUAACCUGGGAAAGGAUGCUGGGGCUUGACGGAUCUUUAGUUUUUCUGGAACAUGUAUUUUGGGUUGUGUCAUUAAAUACACUUUUUAUACUUGUCUUUGCAUUUUGCCCGUAUCAUAUUGGUCACUUCUCAGUUGUUGGCCUAGGAUUUGAGGAUUAUGUAAGAGCAUCUCACUUUGAAGGCCUUAUCACAACAAUAGUUGGAUAUGUUUUGUUAGCAGUCACUUUAAUUUUAUGCCAUGCAUUAGCUGCAGUUGUAAAAUUUCAGCGCUCUCGUCGCCUGUUGGGGAUUUGCUACAUUGUUGUAAAGGUGUCUUUAUUAGUAGUCGUGGAAAUUGGUGUAUUCCCUCUCAUUUGUGGCUGGUGGUUGGAUAUUUGCUCAUUGGAAAUGUUUGACGCAACGUUAAAAGACAGAGAACUGAGCUUUGAGUCUGCUCCUGGUACAACUAUGUUUCUUCACUGGCUUGUGGGAAUGGUUUAUGUGUUUUAUUUUGCUUCAUUCAUUCUCUUACUAAGGGAGGUUCUAAGGCCUGGGGUUUUGUGGUUUCUAAGAAAUUUGAAUGAUCCAGAUUUUAAUCCAGUCCAGGAAAUGAUUCAUCUGCCAAUUUAUAGACAUCUCAGAAGAUUUAUUUUAUCAGUGAUUGUGUUUGGCUCAAUUGUACUUCUUAUGCUUUGGCUUCCAAUUCGGAUAAUCAAGCAUAUGCUGCCUACAUUUUUACCAUAUAAUGUGAUGUUGUACAGUGAUGCUCCAGUGAGUGAGUUGUCUUUGGAGCUACUUCUGUUGCAAGUGGUCCUUCCUGCUCUCCUAGAACAAGGACACACUAGACAGUGGCUGAAGGGUCUUGUCCGGGCAUGGACUGUGACAGCUGGCUACUUACUGGAUUUGCAUUCCUAUCUACUCGGAGACCAAGAAGAAAAUGAGAAUAAUGCUAAUCAACAGGCUGCUAACAACAAUCAGCAUGCUCGCAAUAAUGCUGUGCCGGUAGUCGGAGAGGGCCUUCAUGCAGCCCACCAAGCCAUACUCCAACAAGGAGGUCCUGUAGGUUUUCAGCCAUACCGGAGGCCUGUUAAAUUUCCUCUUAGGAUCCUUUUAUUAAUCAUUUUCAUGUGUAUAACUUUACUGAUAGCAAGUCUUAUCUGCCUUACUUUACCAGUAUUUGCUGGCCGCUGGUUGAUGUCUUUUUGGACUGGUACUGCAAAAAUUCAUGAAUUAUACACAGCUGCAUGUGGUCUUUAUGUCUGUUGGCUCACUAUUCGGGCAGUAACUGUGCUGGUGGCGUGGAUGCCACAGGGACGAAGGGUGAUUUUACUGAAAGUGAAAGAGUGGUCGUUAAUGAUAAUAAAGACAUUGGUUGUUGCCCUACUACUUGCUGGUGUGGUACCACUUUUGCUUGGGCUUUUAUUUGAAUUGGUAAUUGUUGCACCCCUUCGUGUACCUUUGGAUCAGACCCCAUUGUUUUACCCUUGGCAGGACUGGGCUCUUGGAGUUCUCCAUGCCAAAAUAAUUGCUGCUAUAACUCUGAUGGGUCCUCAGUGGUGGCUGAAAACUGUAAUUGAACAAGUAUAUGCAAAUGGAAUACGCAACAUUGAUCUUCAUUUUAUAAUACGCAGACUUGCUGCACCAGUCAUCUCUGUUCUGUUGCUGUCACUAUGUAUACCAUAUAUAAUUGCUGCUGCCAUUGUGCCAGUAAUUGGUGUCACAGCAGAAAUGCAAAAUUUGGUACAGCGCCGCAUAUAUCCAUUUCUUUUGAUGGUAGUAGUUCUGAUGGGGAUCUUAUCCUUCCAGAUCCGCCAGUUUAAGCGCCUUUAUGAACACAUCAAAAAUGACAAGUACCUGGUUGGUCAGCGACUUGUGAAUUAUGAAAGAAAGUCUGGCAAAUCUGCAACAUCUGCACAGUCUCCCCAGACAACACAAGAAUGAGCAGUCAAGCUGGGGACUUCUUAACACCUUCAUGCCCUAUUGAUAGUUUUCUUCUUUACAAAAACUAUAGAGUUGAAUCGUCUCAUGGGGCACUUUUCAAGCAGUGUCUGUUAACUUGUUACAUGUCCAGCAUUCAGACAGAAAUCCACAGUGAGUGAAAGUGCUCAGAAUGAUUUGCUGCAGCACUAUGUAUUCUUGAACUUGCUGGCAUAAUGCCGGAAGAGAAACAAAGAAUGCAAUGUCCUAUAAAUAUCUUAAUUGUAAAUCUUAAAACAAAGUGUAUAUUAAUUUAUUAAAUCUAGUUGUCACUUUAUUUUUGGGAAUUUCUUUUUUUCAUGUUUGCUAGAGAAGGCAACUGUGCAAUGAAUUAAUGAGCACAGACAAAUCUUUUCAUAACCAAUAUAAGUUGCUUCCCAUUUUAAGAAGUUCACUGACUUGGCACAUUUCUAUAUAUUGCUAAGGAAUUGGAGCUCCUGUGAGGACACAAGUGCUUCUACACUCAGCAUAACAGCAUCUGUUUAAAAGGAAAGGUGUACAACUGGUAACAAAAUCAAGUGUUCUUUUUAUCUUUUUUUUCCACUGCCACCAAAGUGUUUUUUAAUGUUUUCAUUUUAUGUUGUACAUUAUGACUUUGAAAGGUUUUGUAAAAUAAAGGACCAGUCAAGAUGCUGGUUGCUCCGAAGCACUGGAAAUUUGUGCGUGAAAGUUAUGAUGACUUUAAAGCAACUUUAGUCUCCUAAGCAAUAUAAAUAGAACUGUCGGUUCUACAAAACGGUGCAACAGAGCUAGUAAUAUUUAAAAUCAAAUCACAUGAAAAAAUGUUACUAUGCUGUUAAUGGGGAUGUAUAGUGCUGUUUAUAAAACUUUGUACCCCCAUAAGCAAUGUGCUUGCACCAUAUUUGACAUAUUUCUCCAUACUCCUUUUUUUUUUUUUUUUUUUUUAAUUAGAUAAUGUAAAGUUGCGAACUGUUCUUUUAUUCCCUGGAGGUUCUGAAAGGUAGUUACGGUUUGGACUUGAUUAGAGACAGGUUAGGAUGGAUCUGAACCUGGCCUAGA